AUGACAAGUGUCGAGAAAGCGCUAAAAGCUCUUCGCAAUUUCCCCAGGGUUACUGCUAGUAACAUCAGGGAUCUAGCUCGUGUUAGAAAACCGAAAUAUCAUGGUCUAGAGCGAAAAAAGCGUGGUCUCGGUCACAGAGGAAUGAGUCAAUACCAGACAUGGCAGCCCCUUGGCACUUUAAAAGAACGCACGCCUUUCUACAUCCAAGUUCCCAAGGAACCUUACAACGAUGAUCACUUAUCCCGUCGUGCAAUGGUUCGAAUUUCCCUCCUUGAUCUGCAGCGUCUGAUCGAUUUGUCGCGUGUAGAUUCUACUCUUCCGAUCGAUUUGUCCACCAUCUGUAAUACGGGUCUUUAUAGAUUAGACGCUGAUAAUGACCGUCAUUAUGGAUUUCAUUUAACCGAAGAGGGCAUAGAUACAUUUACUACACCAGUGAAUAUCGAAGUGCAAUAUGCCAGUGAGGCGGUUAUUGCAGCUAUUGAACGAGUUGGGGGAGUCAUAACAACUCGCUACUAUGAUCUUCUAUCGGUGAUGGCCAAGUCGAAUCCUUACCGUUUUUUCGAAUUGGGUCUGCCUAUUCCUAGAGGAAAGAAACCUCCUAGGGAUGCUUUGGAGUACUAUGCAAGCAGUGCCAACAGAGGUUACCUCGCAAAUCUAGAGGAGAUAGCAGAGGCUCGAAUCUGGCUUGCACAGAAGUACGGCUACACUCCAGUAGAUAUCAACUCCAGCCCCCUCCGGGAUAUGCUCACUAUUCGAAAGGAGCCCUGGCGUAUAUUCCACGGACUCGAACCCGGAUGGCUUGUCAGUCUGGCUGACGAGGCUGUAAUAAAACCAGCUGAGAGUUCAAUGCAUGAGAAUUUCUAUAAGAGCUAA